GGUGUGUACUAACGUAAACAAUGGCUGGCCAGGAACAAGAUGUUCAAACUCAACCACAUGCUGCUCAUGAUCAUGAAUCACGCACACCUGCAAAACGAGGUUGGAUCACAAUUCCCUUCAUCCUGGGGAAUGCAUUUGGUUUGGCUUUGGCCUUGAGUGGAGUCGUGGGGAACUUCAUUGUAUAUCUCAUAAAAUACUACAAUUUCAAGAAAAUGGACGCUGCUCUGCUAGCCAACAUCAUGCACGGCACCUCAAGCUUUUUACCCCUCCUCGGCGCUGUCCUCUCCGACUCUUUCUUUGGCUGCUUCGUCAUUGUCACAUUCUCCACUGUGGCUUCUCUAUGUUGCAUAAUCAUUCUCACAAUCACAGCCGGAAUCAAAGCGUUAAGACCACCAAACACAUACACUCAGGCGACCAGCGGCCAACUAGCAGUCUUAUACACCGGCAUAGUCUUGUACACAAUUGGGGCCGGUGGUACAAGGUUCAGCAUGAUGAAAAUGGGAGCUGAUCAGUUAAGCAAUGUGGGUGACCAAGAUGUGUGCUAUAAUUGGAAUUAA